AACUGAAACAUGGCGCGAGUCCAUCUCGUUCCGCUGACGUCCUUUGACGAAAUCCUCGGCUUGUGGACGCGCGUCCUGCUGGAGGAGCCCAUUGGCACUGAAGCAGACACUACCACCCAGGUGUUCUGGCUGCAGACACGCACUCUGUUUGCGGACAUCCGGAUUCCAGUGCCAAACAAGAUCAGCGGCAGCGCAGCAGCAGCUGCUGGUCGUCUCUACGAGCAGAUUGCGCGGCAGAAAGGAUUCGCUGGAGUCACUGCAAUCACACCGGCAGACACGGACAACGGGACGCCAGGGCAAAUCACCUGGAAUCGCACCAUCGACUACCAGCCGCCCACGGGCAUGGCGGAUGUCGGAUAUGCGAGCUUUACUACGCAGACAAAGGACACUUUGAUUGAAUAUGGUCUCGAGGGCGAUGACUACAAGGAGAUCUGGAAGAGGGUCGAUUGCAGCGCUGAAGGACUUGCCAACCAGCACAUGCUGGCAAUGACGCUUGAGAGCGAGGCAAUCGCCAGCAAGAGCAACGAUGAAACCUUUGUCAAUCAACCGAGCGUGCAAGGCAUCCUAGUCGGUGCCGGAGACCGUUUUAUCAGCUGUGUGGAUUCGCCGAGACAAGCCGCUUUGUCGCAAAACAACGCGCCCCUGACAUUCUCGACGGCCGCCGCGUUCCUGGAAGCCGCGCGCAAUACUACUACAGCUACCCUUGGCGAUUCUACCACGCUUGGCAAUCUCGAGUCAAGCCGCGCCGCGCUAUUCGGUGUCGACAUUGCUCUUUUUUCCUCCAGGCGGCUUCUGCUUUCCACGCGGGCUGACUCCACCCUUCCAACCGAAGAGCUAUUCCUUGAGAUGGUGGGCACGUUCAAGUUGGUCGACGACAGCACUGUCGUUCAGUCUCUGACGACCCAAGCCGGCGAGCGGAUUCGUCGCAUCUGGCGCGUCCAAGAGAACAGCUACCCGCAGUUUCCUCUCUCAACACUCAGCCCGUAGCUGUUGCAGUAUGAUUUACUGCAGUAUGGAUGUGCGUGAUUCUUUUUUCUCCAACAAGUCAAGCCAUUUUCAAUCCAUGACUUUGAACCACGGCCUCCGUACCCUCCAGCAACCCCUAUUUCACAUUUACUACGCCGCUUUACUACGCCACUUGAG